AUGAUCAGAGCUCAAGCUUCCAGAUUGAUCUGCAACUCUCGUGUUAUCACUUCCAAGAGAACUUUUGCCUUGGCUGCCCGUGCUGCUUCUAUGAGACCAGCUGCUUCCUUGAUGGCUCAAAAGUCUAUCAAGCCAAUUGUCGCUACUCGUGGUAUCAAGCAAAUUAACUUCGGUGGUACCGUUGAAACUGUGUACGAACGUGCUGACUGGCCACGUGAGAAGUUGUUGAACUACUUCGCCAACGACACUUUCGCUUUGAUCGGUUACGGUUCCCAAGGUUACGGUCAAGGUUUGAACCUAAGAGACAACGGUCUAAACGUCAUCAUUGGUGUCCGUAAGGACGGUGCCUCUUGGAAGGCUGCCAUUGAAGACGGUUGGGUCCCAGGUGAGAACUUGUUCGAAGUUGAAGAAGCCGUCAAGAAGGGUACUUACGUCAUGAACUUGUUGUCUGACGCUGCUCAAUCCGAGACCUGGAACUCUUUGAAGCCUCUAUUGACCAAGGGUAAGACUUUGUACUUCUCCCACGGUUUCUCUCCAGUCUUCAAGGACUUGACCCACGUUGAGCCACCAAAGGACAUCGAUGUCAUCUUGGUCGCUCCAAAGGGUUCCGGUAGAACCGUCAGAUCUUUGUUCAAGGAAGGUCGUGGUAUCAACUCCUCUUACGCUGUCUGGAACGAUGUUUCCGGUAAGGCCCACGAAAAGGCUCAAGCUUUGGCUGUCGCCGUCGGUUCCGGUUACGUCUACCAAACCACUUUCGAAAAGGAAGUCAACAGUGACUUGUACGGUGAAAGAGGUUGUCUAAUGGGUGGUAUCCACGGUAUGUUCUUGGCUCAAUACGAAGUCCUAAGAGAGAACGGUCACUCCCCAAGUGAAGCCUUCAACGAAACCGUCGAAGAAGCUACUCAAUCCUUGUACCCAUUGAUCGGUAAGUACGGUAUGGACUACAUGUACGAUGCUUGUUCCACCACUGCUAGACGUGGUGCUUUGGACUGGUACCCAAUCUUCAAGGACGCCUUGAAGCCUGUCUUCCAAGACCUAUACGAAUCUACCAAGAACGGUAGUGAAACCAAGAGAUCCUUGGAAUUCAACUCUCAACCAGACUACAGAGAGAAGCUAGAAUCUGAAUUGCAAACCAUCAGAGACAUGGAAAUAUGGAGAGUUGGUAAGGAAGUCAGAAAGUUGAGACCAGAAAACCAAUAA